AUGUCCGAAAAUAAAGGUAAAGGUAAAAGAACAAAACCGUUUGAAAAUACAUUUACCCAGAAAGAAAAUAAAAAAGGAUCUGAUGUAGAAGAAAUUGAGCCAGUUUUGGAUUCCGGGAAAACUUCCACAUUUAAUAAUUUAGAUG